AUGCUAAUCUUUUGGAAGUCAUUAACAGCGCAACGUAAAAUUAUCUCACCAGUACUAUUUAUGUUAAUUAUCACAUUAGCAGUGAUUGAUAUUUCAUGGGCUCGGAAACAGAAACGAAAACCCUGCAAACGAAUGGCUUUCAAUAGACAUACAACAAAUUAUCAUUCAUGGAAAGAACAAAUGACCGUUUGUGAAUUGCUUGAUAAUUAUGAUCCUGCCGUACGACCCUCCGGAAGAAUGCCAACUAAUGAUCAAAAAGGACCAGUAAUUGUAUGGACAAGCCUGGAAAUUCGUUCUAUUGGUGCAAUUAGCGAACGAAAUAUGGAGUUUGUUGCACAAUUUCGCUUUCAACAAGAAUGGUUUGAUGAUCGACUUCGGUACACAGAUCAUAGUGAUUUCCGUAACGUUGAUUUUAUUCAUGUUGCUCGUGAUCAGGUACUCUGGAUUCCUGAUACUUUUUUCCAGAAUGAGCGAAACGGAUGGUAUCAUAUGUUGGAUCAGGAAAACAAGUUUAUCAAAUUACGCUCUGAUGGAAAAGUUAUUUACAAUCGCAGAUUAACGUUAAUAUUGGCAUGUCAAAUGAAUCUGAUUCGGUAUCCCAUGGAUGUUCAAGAGUGCUUGAUCGAUUUUGCUAGUUAUGCAUAUACAACAAGUGACAUUGUUUACAAAUGGGACCGUAUAGCAAUAACAAUUGAUAAAGAUGCUAAUAAUGCUUUGCCAAAUUUUCGAAUCAGUGCCUUUGAAAAUAAAUCUUGUGAUAGCACUACAAAUACAGGAACAUAUAGUUGUCUUCGUGUGGAGCUUAGGCUGAGUCGUGUUUUCUCAUUCUUUCUCCUGCAACUUUACAUUCCAUCAACAAUGUUGGUUGGAGUUUCCUGGGUAUCAUAUUGGAUUGAUUGGAAGAGCACCGCGGCACGUGUGCCUCUUGCAAUUGUCACCCUACUCACUAUGAUCACCCAAUCACAUGCAAUUAACUCGAAUCUACCUCCUGUAAGUUACACCAAAGCUAUCGACAUAUGGAUUGGAGCUUGUGUCGUAUUCAUAUUUGCAUCAUUGAUCGAAUAUGCGAUUGUGAAUUAUGUGGGAAUUUUCGAUGAACAUCGCGAAGUGCGAACGGUGACAUCUAAUCAAACACGUCUCACUAAUGUUAUCGAAAAUGGCCUUUUGUUCAGUCCUAUCGAAUGUGCUGCUACUUCACCCAUAUCCUGUUUGAACAGUCCCGAAAAGAAGAGUUUAUUACGACGCGGGAGGAAACGAACUUUUGAAGAAAGGAAACAUGAAUUAAUUGAUUUCAAUCCAUCACAAAUUAUGCAUACCUCGGAACCUAUUUGGACAUUUCAGGACGUAUCAGAUCUGAUAUACAUUGGGCAAAGGAGACGUUUUGAAUUAAUGCGGUGGUGUAAUCUGUUAUCAUCACGUGAGCGAGCAGAAAGAAUUGAUAUAAUGGCCAGGCUAAUUUUUCCAGUAGCAUUUAUCCUGUUCAAUUUUGCGUAUUGGAGCAUAUAUUUGAAUGAAAUGGAGGAAUAA